AUGCUUUCUGUACUCAAUUGCUUACAGAAGGACCUGGGCACCCCGUAAAUUUUGUUAUAUCUAUUUAUGUACGAUUGUCUAGUCAUGUAAGUAAUGCGAAUAUUGAUUAGUCUCAUUUUUAAAAAGCUUUUAGAAAUAUUUUCUUUCAUGUAACAUUAGUAAAUUUGAAUGCCCAUAAGCCCCAUCGACAGUCUGGCAUUUAAUACUCAAGAAACAUUAAAAAAAAAAUCUACACACGCUGUAUUGGUGAGACCGUCUGACGAAAAUGUAGCUUCGGACAUAAAUGUCUUAAGAAAUUUUUCUCUGUAUUCUGCACACACAUCAGUUUGGCUGGUUAUGAGGCAAACAAGUUGAAUAUUUUAGAUGCGGUUAAUACAGUCAUUAAUUUAAUUUAUUUAUCCUGAGUGAAUUUUUAAAGUGCGUUUUAUUUUAUGCUAUUAAGAAUCACACGAUUAUUUCUUAGACAUCGCUGCUUGGGCUACAUGUGCGCUACUAGUUUGCACCUGCAAGUCAAACUCUGGGGCAAUUUUUCACCAUUGUAAAGAUUUCGGUUAUUUCCGUGAGACGUUUUCCGUGAUGACGACACACUCGGAAUACCGCCCCCUUUCCUCCUCGGAGAAGACGGUCGGCCAUUUUAAGUCUAGUAGUCGUCAUUUCACAUCGCUACAGUAGGACGGAUAACGUCAGGACUCAAUUUCAUCAUAUUUCUCUUACAACUUAAGUGGAGAAUUGCUUACUAUGAACAGAAACUCUUCCUAAAAACAAAAAGUAGAUCCUAGUGAAGUGACGCAUAAGCCAGUAGAUUCCAGUGUCGAGUUGUAAUUUUUUGCACCUCAAUGUAGCUAGAGGAAAUGGCUGUGGAAAGCAUGACUGUCCAUCCAAACUCCCCAACUUCCAACCACGAACACAACAGUCUCCUGACUGACGAAAGGUCGAGUAAUUCUACAGUCAUAUUUAAAUGAUAUUAUUUAUUUGUCCUGUGCUUUUACACAAAAAGCCCGGGGUUUAUUUUUCUUUUUCUGUCAAAGGGAUUAAACUCGCCUUUUCUGGAAAACGAGUACAGAGGUAAAGAACGCCAUGUUGACACGACAACGCCAACUGGGAGGCCAAAUAUCACCUGGGAUAACGUUAUACAAUUUAUUUGAUCACGUUUUCACAAUCAACGAUCAAUCGACUCAAGCCGAGCUGUCUGAAGAAAAAACGACGAGGUCGAAACAGCUGAUCAAUUUUACUCUGACCGUCGUUGUAGCUAAUACAACAUCGGCUAAAUGCUCUCCCUUGUUAACAGCUGGUGUACUAAUUACCGUUAAUUCAGUUCAUUGUUUGGGGUGUGACAUUAAUUUUAAUGUCACUGCGAAAAAACAUCCAAACGGUCGUCGUUUGCUAACUGUGGGCCUGUUUUCAGGCUAACGCAGCGUUAUUAGCCUCCUGGCUAAUGUUAGCAACUAAGGCAGUGGCAAAGGGGGGAGAUGCUAAGCUAAGUGCUAAUAGUACAGUCAACAAUUAUUUACCUGUCAUCGACGCAUUGUUAAAUAAACUUAUAGCGAUUACUUAUAUCUUCGAACCAGCUUGAUACUCAUUGUUAGCCCGAAACGGGCCGAUGAAUUAUCUCAACUUUUCCGCUCCAAAACUUUGUUCAGUUAGCAUAAACAUGUUGCCGGACGGCAACUUCUAGCUCAGUCGUUAGCUCUACGCACUUAAAAAAGUGCCGAGGACGGUGCCUUUCUGAAGUAAAUUACACCCGAAAGGAAACUUAAUUUGGAUAGCUGGCAACUUUAAUUAUCAGGACUUCAUCCCCUAAAAUCGUUAAUGUUUAUUAACACAUGCAUUUACAUAAUUGACAAUUUAGCUUUGUGAUCUGUAAUGGUAACUAUUUUAAACGCUUUAUUGCUACUUGUUUGUCAGAUCUUUCUAACUUGUGACUUUUUUCACAGUCGUGCCCUCACUGACCCUCCCAAACAUCCACAAACGUUCCCUAAAAGUGCAAAACGUCUGCAAAGCAUCCCAGAAGUGUUUCAAGUCAAACACCAAACUCCCUUUACCACAGUGCCCAGUUGGCAAAGUAGCCUAUAUUUACUCAGUUGGCCCCACUUCCAAGUCCCAAAGACCCCACUAGUGUCCCUAAAAGGUUAGGGAAAAUCCUUUUCUAUGUCUUUGAAUGCAAAAUGUGAAGAAAACCUGUCACAGCCAGAGGAUGGAGAGCUGGAAGAAGGCGAGCUGGAAGAUGAUGGGGGAGAUAUGGAGGAGGAGGAGAUGGGUGGAGGCACGUCUGCAGCAGCAGGAAUUGGAGAUGGGGGUGAUGAAGCAGGCGCAGGGGGCGAAGCAGAAGGGGAAGGGGCCACAGAGAGGCCUCGUCGAAGUCGAGAGCGCCAUGCCAGCAGCGAGUCGGACGAUGAGAGAUCCCACCGUCGCAAGAGGAAAAGGAAGAAAGAGAGAGAGCGGGAAAGAGAGAAGAGGAGGUCCAAGAAGAAACGCAAAUCCAAACACAAACGCCAUGCAUCAUCUGAUGAUGACCACUCGGACUACAGUGAUGACUCAGAUUACAGUCCCACUGAGAAAAGAAAGUACAGAGAGUACAGUCCACAGUACUCUUCUUCUCAUGGAGGAUAUGGAAGCUCAAAGAAGAGCAGCUACAUGAAGAUGGACAAGCAGAGCUAUGGAGGCUAUGACGACUAUGAAGAUGACAACUAUGAGGGAGAAGAAGAAGAGGACAUGGGGGACGAAGACUAUGAUGAUUUCACCAAGGAGCUCAACCAGUACCGCAAAGCUAAGGAAGGCGGAGGCCGUGGUGGGCGAGGGGGUCGUGGUCGUUUGAGAAGUUUGCGAGGUCGUGGAGGAAUGAGGGGAGGGAGGAGAGGGAGAGGUGGAAGCAGAGGAAGAGGUGGUCGAGGUGGAAAGAUGGGAGGAGACAACGAUGAUGGAGAUGGCUAUGGAGAUGACAUGGAGUAUGAUGACGACUACGACAACAUGGGGGACGAUGACUAUGACGACUACUCAAAGGAACUGAGUCAAUACAAGAAGUCCAAAGACAGAGGCAGAGGUGGGAGAGGCAGUCGCGGUCGAGGGAGGGGUAAAGGAGGGCGGGGCAUGAUCAGAGGAGGAAAAGGUCGAAAUCGUGGGAGAGGAAGAGGAGACAUGGGAAAUGAUGACGACAAUAAUGGAGAUGUGGACAAUGGGGAUGGAGGUGGAGGAGGUGAUGGACCUGGAAUUGGGAGAAGGAAUCAGAAUGAGAAACAUCAAGAUAAGAAAGGAAAAGCAAUCUGCAAAUACUACAUUGAGGGGAGAUGCACAUGGGGGGAUCACUGCAACUUCAGUCAUGACAUCGAGCUUCCUAAAAAGAAGGAGCUCUGCAAGUUCUACAUCACUGGAUUUUGUGCCCGAGCUGACCACUGUCCAUACAUGCAUGGUGAAUUCCCCUGUAAGCUGUUCCACACCACAGGAAACUGUGUCAACGGUGAUGAAUGUAUGUUCUCCCAUGAGUCCCUCAACGAUGACACCCAGGAGCUGCUCAACAAGAUGCUGGCUGAGGACGCAGAGGCCGGAGCUGAGGAUGAGAAGGAGGUGGAGGAGCUGAAGAAACAGGGGAUCAACCCUCUCCCCAAACCCCCUCCUGGAGUUGGCCUACUCCCCACCCCUCCUCGGCCUGUUCCUGUAGACACCAACACAGGGGCUGGGGACUUUGGUGGUCCUGUGGUAGGGGACUUUGGGGCUCUACCAGGACCUAACCAAGGACCAGUGGCAGGCCCUGUUCCUGGGCCUAAUCCUUGUGUUGGUCCACCUGUCCACAGCCCUGAUGGAAGUCCUUUCCAAGGAGGGCCCCCAAAUCCUAGUUGUCCUCCUCCUCCUCACAUGGGCCCCCCACCUCCUGGUGGUGCAGGCGGAGGUGGCGGCGGAAAAAAGAUCCCCUCAUUAUUUGAGAUUAAAGUUCAGCCAACAGGACAGCUGGCUCAGAAACUGGCCGUCAGGGGCCAGACUCCCACCACCACUCAGGGUCAGACUGCUGCCCCUGGACCCCAGGGAGCUCCUGGUGCUCCUCCUACCCACUUCCCCUCACCUCAAGGCAUGAUGUCCCCAGAUAUGCAGAACAUGGGUGGAAUGAACCAAGGAGCGCCCAACAUGGGCCCUGGUGGACUACCUAUGAUGGGAGGAUUCACCCCUGGUGAUGGCCCUCCUCCUCAGGGUGGAGGAAACUUCUACAAUAACUUCUUCAACCAGCAGGAAGGGAUGAACAUGGAGGGAGUUGUUCAGGAAGGUGACAACUACCAGAGUUUUGAUGAGCGAGGAGGAGCAGGGAAAUUUGGGAAUCAGUCAGCUGGUCAAGAAGGCUCAGCGAGCGGAACAUCAGCCAAUCAGGGAGGCAUUUCUGUGCCUGACUUUCUGCCUCCAGCACAGCGUGUCCUAUUCAUGAGGAUCCAACAGAAGCAGCAGGAGGAGGAGGAAAGAGCUCGCAGGAUGGCUGAGGGCGGAGUAGAGAGAAGCAGAGACACAGAAGGUGACUCAGGAAACUGGUACUCCAGUGAGGAUGAGGAUGGUGGUGGUAGUGUGACCUCCAUCCUAAAGACACUCCGUCAGCAGACUCAGCCUCCUCAAAAAUCUGACGGUCCCCCGAGCGACCCUCGCCUCCAGAAGGCCUCUCCUGGCCUCGGUGCACCAGCUCGCCCGGCAGACCCACGCUUGGCUCGGGACCCACGAUUGGCACGCUCUGCAGAGUCCUCUGACUCUACCCACUCCAUGUCUGCUCCAUCUUCCUCUGGACCCCCAGCAGACCCCCGGUUAGCCCGGCUCACUGCUGCUGCCUCAGCCGGAUCCUCACUGUUACCUCCUGCUCCUAAACCAGAGGCUCCUCUGGUCUACAAACCCCCACCGCUCACGGCCCCAGCUGCGGAAGAGGAGGAGACGGAGCGAGUUCUACGGGACAAGCCAGUGCCGAUCCCUCUGGACCCGCUCAUGGGGAUGGCUCUGAGAGACCCGCGCUCACAGCUGCAGCAGUUCAGCCACAUCAAGAAGGACAUUAUUCUCCACAUGCCGGCCUUUAUCAAAACGGUCACCUGGUCACCUGAAGACCUCCUUCCACUUCCUAUUCCCAAGCAGGACCUCCUCCCUCUCCCACCAGGCAUCCCUCCAGUCUCCUCCAUAGACCCUCGUCUGUCUCGUGCUCAGCCAACCCUCCACACUCCACAGCCUUCUCAUGUUCAGCCUCCUCCCCCCUUGGACCCCCCUGCUGGUUCCUCCUCGUCCCUCCCAGACUUUGAGCUGCUGUCUCGUAUCUUAAAAACUGUCAACUCCAGCCCAUCUCAGACCCCCUCUCCUCCUCUUUUAUCAAACCCCAUUGCUCCUGCGUCACUGCUAGGCACAUCUGCCCCCAUGCCAUCUGCACCUGUAGAAAAGCCUGUUGAUCCCCGUAUGGCCCGUAAAGCCCCCUUAGACCCCCGUCUUCAGCCUCAGAAGUCAGCGCUGAAGCAACCAUCAGAACCUGCACCUCCUCCUGUUUCCACUAUCGCCUCAACAACAACAUCGAGCUCUUCCCCUCCUACUAUUGCCCCUUACGAUCCAAGGCUGCUCUCCACCGGUGGGGCAGGGCGCGGUGUGGGCACUGGGUCACCAGGGGGAGCCAGUGUGCUGAGCAGCAUCAGUCUAUAUGAUCCAAGGACUAACAAACCAGGCAGCCCUGGCACCAGCAGUGGCUCUAACAACUCCCCCAACUCAACCAGCACAGAAUCCAAACCCAGUGAUCCCCCUAGCAGUAAAUCUAAGUCCAAGGAGCCGCUGUUUGUUCGGAAGUCUGCAUUAGACCAGCCCGAGCCUGAGAAAAGUGGAGAGCAAGGGACUGAUCGAUACAACAGCUACAACAGGCCUCGACCCAAACCGGCACCCUCACCAAACUCCACAGCACAGGGAGUGUCUGCUGCAGCCGGGGCAGCCACAGCUGGAGGUCAGGGUGCUCCCAGUGCUGCAGGAGACCAGGGUCCCUCAGGGGUCCACAACUUACCUGUGUCCUCUUUAUUCGGUGUAGUGAAGCAGGCUGCAAAGCCCGGCGGGACAAGUAGUCCUUUUGGAGGCAACAGCCCGGUACAGCCUGAGCAGGCGACCACAGAGCAGGACAAUGCUUCUCUCAAGGAGGUUUUCAAAGGCUUUGACCCCACAGCCUCACCGUUCUGCCAGUGACCCCCAACCCUCAGCCUCGCCUUGAUCACUGAACACUGAAGCCCAGUAUGUGGUCAGUUGUAGUCUUGUUUUAAAAAUUCUGAACACUGAACUAGGGCUGGGCGAUAUGGACCAAAAACCCUAUCUCAAUAUUUUUUUAUUGAAUAGCAGUACCUGAUAUAUAUAUGUAUACUUUUUUAGUAAAGAUUAAAGAAAUGGUUGUCACAAUACUAGAAUUAUAACCUUUGAUAUGAUGCCAGUAAAAUUAGAAAAGAUGUUGAAACAUGUAUAAUACCAGGGCAACUAAAAUGGGAGUUCAAACCCAACAUUGGGCAGUUUUUUUGGUUUUAUGUUUCUAAAAAAAAUGGCCUGAAAAAGGGCAAGAGUUGGAAAUCAGCAGUAGUUUAUAAACUCUCUGUGCAGCCCAUCAGCUUCAUGAUCUGUACUUAAACUAUGAUAAACCAUAUUAUCCAUAUGAAAGACAAAUUUUGUACACAUUGGCUAAAUUUUACUAAAACAUUGGCAAUAAUUACAUUUAUUGAAGUUGUCAAAAUUGUCUGUAUUUUUUAAAUACCAUGUGUUUAAAAAUGAUAAAAUCUCCACUAUUUUAAUGUUGGUGGUAUCAAAAAGUACAGAAACUUUGAGAUCUCUGUUCAAAUACUUAACCAAAAUAGAGAAAGAUCAUGGUCUAAAUCGCACAAAUACAAUAAAACGUUGGGGAUUAAGGGUUGCAUGUUAAAGGAGCAUUCUGCAUCACUCUCAACCCCUUUUCUAAAGGCUGCCAAUGUGCUUCUAUGAAGGCAAUGUGCCUGGACUCUAUUUUUGUAGCUUUGGUAUUAAACAUGUAUCAAGACAAUUUGAUUAUUACUAAUAAUAGCUGCUCCUAAAUAAACUGAAAUACAUAAAACAGCAGUUUCCCAUUUAUACAAAACAUUUCAAAUAGAUGAACCGAGACUAUACAAACAACAACAGUAUUGGCUUCCCCUUUCUCUCAUUUGAAAACAAACUGAUAUCUAUCUGUUGCUUUCUAAACUCGAUGUAUUGCCCAGCCCCACGCUGAACAGUGAAAAGAAGAAAGAGAAGCACACGACCUGUAAGACUGAUUAAGAAGACAAACAUCUGAUCAAACUUUAAUCACAUAGCUUGUUUCAUUCACACACAGACUUUUUUUACCACAGUGUUUAGAUUGUAUUAAAGACUGAGGGAGUUAAAGUAGAAUCCUUAAAGCUCUAUUUUAAACAGACUUAUUGAUGUAUAAUUAAAUGUAUUCUCUCCAUCUCAGUGCUUAAUGUAAACAGUUAUUCAGGCUGCAGCAGAAACACUCGUAAGGCAUCAACAUUGAGCCUAAUUACUUUUUUUCUGUUUCAUUUACACCCUUAUCUCGGUUCCUCUGCUCAUUUUUUGUACACUUUCUUCUCGUCUGUAAACCCUUUGAUGAGCUCCUCUCUGUGUUUGGACGGUCAAAGGUUGCAUUGCUUUUGGAAACUGAUAAAAGCAAAGACAGAUCUCAGUUUCUCCCAGCAGGAUGCUGCUAAUCAUUAGUGUUUUUGCAUUUUGAUGAACAGCACUGCGGUGGCUUUUUAUUGCCCUCUAGAAAUCUGCAUUGCUGCCUUUGCAUCCACCAUCCUCUGUGCAAACUGUCAAGUUAUACAUCACAAUAGCCUUUUUUUCAAUCUUUACGACUCAAAAUGUCUGCAGAAACUUUAGCAAAUACUUAAAUCUGUAUUCUUCUUUUUAUUAUUUAUUUUUCUAUUCCUUUGCACUGUGGAUUUGUGUCCUCAGAGGGUUGUAUUAUUGAUUUUAAUGUGUGUGGCUCCUCUAGAUGUUCACAUAACAUUUCUUUUACUUUUAUUAGCUCUUACCUGGAACAGGGGACUUGCCUAUUACCUCUCAGUACUGCCUCUUUAACCACUAGUUUGUUUUUCACAUGAAUAUUUUGUUGUAAACUGAGAGCAUCAAUGUUAUAAAUCACAACUUCUGCAGCUUUAAGAUGGAAAAGAAGCCAACUGGAAGGCAAACAUGUCCCCAUGUCACUCCACGGUCAGUAUGUUUACAUGCAAAUAGAAAAAAAGUCUAGUUAUUGUGUUAGUCUGACUGAUAAUGGACUUUUUAAAAUAUGUGUAAAGGUGUUUCUCUGGAUGAAACUGAGCUAAAUUGGCUAACAAGACUAACACAGCUAGUUAAUGCGGUUGAAGAUGAAGUUACUCUUGCGUGUGUACAGCUUAAUCUGACCCAGACUGGACAAGGAGUAUUGCACAUGCUCCAAAGUUUCUUCAUUGGAGUUUGUCCUGAAAGCUGAUGGGCAUAAAUGCAUAACAGAGGAAGUUGUCAGCCUUUGUAUACCAUCUUAAACUAGGGCCCCAUUUCACGUACAGGUGGACAUGCUUGGUCAGUUUACUUCUUCCGUGUCUGUAUACAUCGACAAAAACAGCAGUCUAGUUAAAUUGUCAAACUGAGCAAAAACUGCAGCUUAUCUUUACAAUACAUGUAAGCUGAGUGAAACUUGUUCCCUCAGUAAUAGUUUUGAAAGGAAAAGAUUUCAAAGUUUGUGAGUUUUACUCUACUUAAAUGUUCAUUUCAUAGGUUUCAUUAACACCUUUCCAACUUUUUCACCUUGAUUGGAUUGAGACUUUAACUGAGCCAGAAUUCAGUAUUCAAACAUUUCAGUUAAUUUUAUCCCCCAACAAAAGUAAACCUGCAGGAACAGACUGCAGAUUUCUUUAUGUGGAUGAGGAAAGAAUAACUUGCAGCCUUAUGUGUGAGCUUUUAGCUUUAGUGGCUGGUUACAGUGUGACAAUCGUAAGAAUCAUCCAAAUCUAUGAAUCUUGCAUUGACCUGUGCAGUGCUGGUUCUGCAUUGCCGCAUGGACAAUUUUGAUGAAAAAUCAAAUUUAAUUCGAACCUGUGGGAAGAUAGAAGCAAAAACACAAGUUUUUCUUUAAGGCUACAAAACAAAUGCACACAUCAUGGACGUAGUUUCGCUUUUGAAUGAUUUACAA